AAGAGAUGUGAAUUGUCUCCGAUCCCUGAGAGGCUGGACUUCCUGAGGGGGAGGGCACUGGCAUGCUUUCCUCAGCAGCUGCUUCAUUCACAGUUUAGUGCUGGCAGAGUAGGCAUGCAGCGGGUACCUCCACCAAUGUCGUGAUACCAUCCACGUCCAGCCCCGUGUUUGUAUCUCCCUUUACCCGUGCUGAGGAAACUAGUUCAAACUUCUAUCCACAUCAGAAAUACAAGCUCUUUUAUAUUAAUAUAUAUAUUGUUUUUUAAUGUAACAAGCAACUCUCUGUUCUCAGAGCUGUCUGUGCCUUAAGGAGCUACUUUUCUAUUGUCUUUUUGGUUUUUUACUGUGAAAAUGUCCCUGUCUUCCUGCUGCAGUGGAGCAGAGAUCUUCUCUUGUCAUGAACUGGACUCCUGUGACCUAAGGUUUUCCGACGUUGACUUGAAUAGGUCCUGUGCACCCACACCAGAGAGCACCUUAAAAGCAGGACUAGAUGUCGGUACAAGAAAGAAGUACGUGUAUGCAAAAAAGAAGGCAUUUGCUCUUUUUGUGAAAGAACUACAAUCAACAUGUGCAUCGCCUCGGUCUGCUCAAGAUGGAUCCAUCGCGUGGGCCUGCUGUGGGCAAGAGUUUAGCGACCUGAGAACUGUCCACAAACACGUGGCUGCACAGCAUGCACCGGAGAUUUUACAUCAAACUGGAAAGAUUUUAGAAGAAAUUGCAACAAAUGCUACCACCAGUUUACCAUGCACUGAUUUUUUAGAUAAUAACACUGCUGCCUCAACUGAAUUGUCCUGGAGCGAUCGUAAGCAUUCUGACUGGUUACCAGAUGUGAAAGGGUACAAAACAAAAGAACUUACAAGUGAGCCUGGGGAAGUUCUUCUGUAUUACUGCUACUGUGAUAUAAGUGAUCCACAGUGGAUCUGUGACUGGCAAAGGACUUUGUGUAACCUGCUGCAUCUCACAGGAAAAAUCCGCAUAGCUUCAGAAGGAAUUAAUGGAACAGUGGGAGGAAGCAAAGUUUCUACCAAGCUCUACAUUGAUGCAAUGCUCUCACACCCUUUAUUCAACCAUGUGUGCUUGGAAGAUUUUAAGAGAAGUGAUGGAGGAGCCCACUGUUUUCCUGAUCUUCGUGUUGGGGUUUUCCGUGAAAUUGUGCCAAUGGGUGUCGAUUCACAGGAAGUUAGUUAUAAAGAAACAGCCAUGCAUCUUACUCCAGAGGAGUUUCAUAUAAGAGUGGAACAGUAUUUGUCUGCCUCACAGGAAGAAAAGGACACAAUUUUAUUGGACUGCCGCAACUUUUAUGAAAGCAAAAUAGGUCAGUUUCAGAACUGCCUAGCUCCCGACAUCAGAAAAUUCAGCUACUUUCCAAACUAUAUUGAUCAAAAUCUGGACUUGUUUAAAGAUAAAACUGUGUUGAUGUACUGUACUGGAGGAAUUCGCUGUGAGCGUGGUUCUGCUUAUCUCAGGUCAAAGGCUGUGUGCAAAGAAGUGUACCAACUCAAAGGAGGCAUUCAUAAAUACCUAGAAGAAUUUCCAGAUGGAUUUUUCAGAGGGAAGCUGUUUGUCUUUGAUGGACGCUUCACAAUAUCUUCUAAUGAUGAAAUCAUAUCUACCUGUCGUUACUGUGGCACCGCAUGGGACAAGUACAAGUUAUGUUCCACCCCUCGAUGCUGCCAGCUUGUCCUGACGUGCUUGACUUGUCAUGAGGGAGGCCUUACUGCAUGCUGUCCUACCUGUCAGGAGAAAGGGCUAAAGACUAGUUUGUGCCAGCAACAAUUCAAAGAAGAAUGUGAAUGUACAGAAACGAGACCCAAGAUUCCAAUAGAAAAAGUCUAACUAGAGUUGUUGAUUCCUGGGUUUUCGGGGCAGUUUUUUUUUUAUACAAAGAUGAAUUGCCAGCCAAAGUUACAGAGCUGCAGGAACAAAUGUAUCCAUCUACUGCAGCUUUAAGUGGCUCUUCUUUACAUAAGUAUUCACAUGCCUUUUUGAAAUCAUAACGUGAAGAAACAAAUAUAAUUACGUGAUCUACUUAACCUAAACUGUAGAAUAAAUUUAAGUGCUUUUACAAGU